AGAGUUACGGACUUCAUGGUGUACUCCGACAUUUGUGGUGAAAAAAUGUUCGUUUCGUGUUCUGCUCAAAAUUAUGUUCUUACGAAGUGAUGGAAGAGCAUCAAUUUCGCCACCCAAAUUCGCGUCUUUAAUCGCACCGAGCCGCCUGUAAAGCACACUUUCUGCAAUGGAUUUAAACUUGAAGAAGUUUAUGCGUGCGUUUAAUCGAGUGUCUGAUGGUGUUCCCGGCGCAGCAAGCCCGACCUCACCACUCGUGCCGGAAGCAUCUCCAGGAGUUUCGUUCGACGAUUUGAAACUUACGUCUGUCGCAAGCCUCCGUCAGGGUAGAGGUCUCCAACCAGUCCUGCAUGGAAAUCUUGAGGAAUUUUGUUCGUAUCCCAACGAUCCUUCCACUGAACAGGAGAUCUUAGAAGGAAUCGAGCCCAAAUUCUUCCAAUCGGAAUACGAUUCAGCUCGCUUUGAAAUCGAGAACACCUUGGACUUCUCGGAUUCAAAUUUCAUCGAAGAACGAUGCAAGAAGCUAGCGUGGCAGAAGCAUGUUGUUUCGAAAAAGGUAUCUGAAAAGGUACUUGCGAAGCAAUCGGAUUGUGCUCUAGGUGUUGUGAAAGUUUCGUCGGUGAGCAGUGCGUUGGCGGAUAUUCUGCUCAUCAUCAGGCAUUGUCGCAAAGCGUUGGACGUGUAUAACUCGGAAAUCACGAAUCCAGCAAUGCAGCGAGAAGCAGAUUUAAGAGUUCAAGAUCUUCUUGACGAUGGACAACUGUCACUCUGCGUUCGUAUUCUAGUCGAAGCGCAGGCGACAGCUUUGACGUAUUCGCAAUUCGUUUGCGUUAGAAAGUUGAAUUCGAAGUUCCACGAUACGCUACUUGCAAUCAAAGAACUCGUAGAGAAACGUCUUUCAGAGUUGUGUGUAAAGUUUGAUGCUGACAAGUACGUGGAUAUCAUCAAAGCUUACUGGACACUUGGGGAAUGUCAUUACGUUAUCGAUCAACUUCAUCUGCACGUACUGGCUACAAUUCGAAAUCGUUGUGCCAGCGUGGUUGGAGCAUUUGCACAGUUUUCUCAAGCGCAUGGUCUAUACACCGAACAUGCUCCAAAAACUGGUCUGACAUCUUUGCCGGGUGCUGAAAUUUUGCUGAAUUCUGGUGAUUGUAAUAGCGCUGGAGUUUCAGAGGAAGUUCGAUUCAUGCCGUACCAAGAAAUGUGUAAAGCAAGUGGAAGAUGUGAUGACAUUGAGGCCUUGCAGGAAUAUAUCAAAGAAAAGUUGAGUCGAGGUCCUACGAGAGUUUGGCAGGAGGUACAGAACAAAGUAUCGUCGUUAGUUGCAGUGUCCCAGUUGGCCAGUUUCAAGUUUGACGAAUUCCUCGAAGUCCUUGACGUUAUUCACAGGUUGAUGGAGAUUGGUGAUGAGCUUUGUGAUGUAGCUGUUGAGGAUUCCGAAAAUCACCGAGCUCCUCAGCAUCACAUGUUGCAGGAAUCCUUGCGUCAACAGAGUUCUCUUUAUUUAAAGAAUUAUCACAUGCACAGAAUGGAUGAGUUGCGCACGUUUUUGGAACAUGAACUUUGGGAUCCCUGUCCUGUGCGACCUGGAUUCAGUGUUUUCCAAAUGGAGGAAUUCAAGUUUCUCAAGAGGAUCAAACUUUCAGCGAGUGAGACGAGUCAUGGGUCACUGAUCGUUUCUUUCCUUCCGUUCGUAUCGGCGUCAUUCCAUAGAAACAGUUAUGAUCCUGAGUCGUAUUUUGCUGUGUACGCAGAAGACGCCGCGAAUCCUUUUCAGAUAUCUGAACAUUAUAAAGUUGCAGAAGAAUCAUUUGAUCAGAGGCAAUGUACUUCAGAUCACGGAGAUGUUUCAAGUGAUGAAGACGUACCUGAUGAAUUGAAGAGAGCAUAUGUGGAUGACGGCAGUGGAGAUGAAGCAGAUAUUCGUGUUAACGCCCCUGCCGCUUUCAGUUCUUUAAAAGAAACGGCUCCUCUUCUGCCGAACACUUCUCUGGCUUUACUGAGGCUCUGUGGGAAGUAUUUGCAGCUUCUUCUGCUUCUCAGACCAGUUGCUUUCGACGUUCUGGUCUGCAUUGCGCACCUUUUUGAAUUCUACGUGUACUCCGUGUGCAAGGUUUUCGCGCCCGAUUUGUUCGCUCGUGUGAGGAAAGUCGAAGGAGAAGUUCUCAGCGAAUCAGGCCAAGUGUCACAAACCGGGAAACUAGUGGCGAUGUUGAAAAGGAUUCAAGAUAACAUAGUUCUGAUCCCACGGGUUGAUGAUGAUUCAGAGGAGGAGAAACUAGGCGAAGACCAAGAUUCAUCUAAGUUUUUGCCGCCGGAACAAACGGUGGAAGCCAUAGAUGAGCCGUGUUCAAUUCUAAGCAGAGCUUUGGUUGCUGGAGAAUCGGUUGUAUUUAUUGCGAAGCAAUAUCAAGCGUUGAAACAACACUUCCAGGCGCACAUUCCGACUACGAGACGUCCAUUCGUCGACCAGUUUUUUUCGAAGAGUGUGAAUACUGCUCCGGAGUUGCGGGAGCCGCUGUUCGCACAUGCGGCCGUGCGCUGUCUGAAUUCACGAAGAUUAUUGUCAAUGAUGUCCCAAGUGAACUGGGAUGUGAACGACAUGAAAGAUUCACAUAAUACUUACGUUGACGUUUUACUAAGAGAUUUGCAACUUUUUAGCAUGCGUUUGGAUGAAGUUGUCGCACGGAUUUCCGUUUCCCCGGCUUCUAGAAAAAUAUUAUGGUUCCAUGCAGUUCGUCAGUCAGUUCGAUUUUUUGUUGACGGAUUUGCUUCUGCGAAGAAAUGUUCCUUUUACGGACGUUCAUGGAUGCUGCUUGAUUUCCGUCAAUUUCUACAAAAGCUUGGAAAGUUUGCUGAUUUAAGCCCGAUACCGGAAUGCUCUUUCGUUGAAGAGUACAUGAGAGCGUAUUACAAAUCGGAUGUCGAAAUCGAGCAAUGGGUUAAGGAUCAUCCUGUUUAUCCAAGUCAAGAGGAACAAAUCGAGAUUCUCUGGAAGUCUCCGAACAGCGACUCUUGCCUUUUUUGUGCUACGUCUGUGGAAGAUUCCCAUCGACAUCAUGUCAGCGGAGACAUUUUUAGAACGGCAGAUCUGGUGUAUUGCUUGAAGGUGAAAGUCGUUGGGUGUUCGAAGAAUUGCUCUACUGAUGAUUCCGACUCUAUUAAAUGCAACGGCGGGAGUGGUCAGAAGAUUCACAGUUGUCUUGAUCAAGAGAAGCAAACGGGAGAAUAUCUUCAAGAAUCGUUUGCUUGUUCAAACCCUGCCAAAGGAAAUAUUCCCCGAGAGAAUAAAAUAUUUUCCUUAAUGGAAAAAGCAGACGGAGGAAGUGCCAAGGCAUCGAAGAAACAAAACCGGAAGCCAAAAAUUCGGCUGCGUUCAAAAACAGAAUUGCCUCAAAUAAAAUGCAAGGAAUGUCCUGUGAAUUUUAAAAACGAGGACAGGCUGUUCAAACAUGUAGCCUGCGUGCAUAAGGGAUUUCGGCCACAUUUGUGUAAAAUUUGUGGUCAAACAUUUCAUUUGAAAAAGAUUCUGGAUCAGCAUCUCGUGGCCCACAGAAAAACCAAACCUUACAAGUGCGAUUCGUGCGAAUCUAGUUUCACAAGACUAAGCCGUUAUAAGGAGCAUGCUCGGAAACAUGAGAACUCGAAGCCGUUCGCCUGUGAUCGUUGUGAUAAGGUUUUCACAAGGAAAAGCUAUUUGAUCACUCAUCAACGAGUACCGAACCGAAUGCUCGGAAUGAAUGUGAAAAUAGCCCAGUAUGUGACGGUGCUUCUCAAGUUACUGGUGAUAUUUCUAAGUCUGAUGUGCAGGCCGUGGAAGAGCACGAGAGACAGCAUAAAGCGUCAUAUGAUGACGCAUUCAGAAGACUUCAGUUUCGAGUGUGCUGAGUGUGGAAAGCAUUUCAAACGAAAGGACAAGUACGAUUUGCACUGUAGAACUCAUUCCAAUUCCAACGAAAAGAAAUUCAGGUGUCAAGAUUGCGCAAGGUCGUUCCAUCGUUCUGACCAGCUGAAAGACCACAUGAAGAGACACUAUGACGUUACUUCGGGCCAAUGUCCACAUUGUCUGAAAUUCUUUAAGCUAUGUGGACCACUCGACAAACACAUAAAGAAUCAUGAGGUGAUCAAUCGAAUGUCCGAAGAAACUGCUGCCUCAAACGUUGUGGAUGGAAAUGAAGAGAACGAUGAAUUGGUGACGACUGAAAAGGAUCUGAAGCAGGAAUCUGACCAUGAUGGCACUUGCGAAAUCACGGUGCGAUCUGACUGUGCUGGACAAGGAACCAUUGCCCAUCGUAUUAGAGCGUCUUUGUUGCAAGCCUCACGAAAUGUCUCAGUGGAGCCGGUUUGCUUCGUUAUCGCGCUUGCCGUUUUCGCUGAAAUGCUUAUAAUUCAAAAUCUGACACUCUACAAAAUAUGUCGUCUGGACUUCUCCUUUCCCGCCAAUGUGUGUAGGCACUUGAGUGAUCCAGAAAAUCACGAUGCACAAUCCGUGGUUCAGCCUGCAGCUUCGAGAUUUCUGAUUUUGAAAAGUGCUGUCGAACAUGCCGCCCCAUUCAUUUCGAGCUUAUACCUCGGUUCUUGGAGUGACCGAUUUGGCCGCCGCUGGCUUCUACUUCUCAUGCUCACUGGACUCCUGUUGGACGAAGUUGGACAUUUGGUCAAUUCCAUCUGGCUUGAUGUCACUUCGAAGGAAUACAUCUUGUUGUUUUCAUCAGUCCCUUAUUCUUUGGGCGGCGGAUUUGUCGCACUCCGCGUUUCGGUGUUUUCGUACAUCGCGGAUGUCUCCUCGACGGAAACCCGCACAAUGCGACUUGCUCUACUUGACGCUGCAUUUUGCCUAGCUGGACCCUUGGGCAACUUCCUGGGGAGUGUUCUUUUCUCGAAAUUCGACUUCGAAGGUGUCUUCAUUGUAACGAUUUUGCUCACUCUGUUGGCUGGCUUUAUGACGCUUGUGUUCAUGAGGAGUGAUUCACAUUUAAUUUCGAGAGACUCUGCUAUUGAGCGAGAAAAAUUGUCCACUUGUAAGGCGUUGUUCGGUGUGGAGCAUGUUCGGGAAUCACUGAGCGUUUUCGCGAGACGAAGGGAACGGGACAAGCAUUGGAUUAUUUGGCUGCAGUGUUUUGUCAUCGUAGUAUCAUCCAUUGCCGGAUCUGGAGAAUGGUCGAUAUCUUACCUGUUUACUAGAAGAAAAUUCAAGUGGAACGAGUAUAACUACGCGUGGUACUCGGCAAUAGUCACGAUUUGCGCCGUGCUUGGAAAUUUAGUCGGGUUACCGCUGAUGGCCAAAAGAAUGUCGGAUACCGGCAUUGGAAUCUUCGCUGUGGUAGUGGUGAUUGUCACGAAAAUUCUGCAAGCUUUGGCGCCCUCGGGAUGGGCAUUCAACUGCAUUGCUUUUCUGCAAGUUUUAUCGACAGCAAAAAUUAUCAUCGGAAGGUCGAUGUUGUCCAAAGUGACAUCGAACACUGAGCUUGGUAAACACUUCUUGUUGUUGCGGGAAGUUCAUAUAAAAUUGUCCGUGUUUAGAUGGAUGCAUAGGAUAAACUUGACGUACUCCUUGUUUCCUGCACCGGCGAGACAGGGUCCCGAAGCUGCUGAAACUUCAAGAGUCGUUUGGACUGCCAUGGAACCGAUUUCUGCCUGA